AAGAGUGCAGUCACGUGCUUCUCUUCCCCCAGUGCGCCUGAACUCUGGUACCUCGCGCUAUCAGAGCAAGCCAAGCUGCCGCGGUGAACACACCCGCUCCUGCCCAGUCGGAAGAGGAGCCUGUGUUUGUUUGUGUCUCCGGUAAAGUUGCUUCCCGGUCUGGGUGUGUUCAGCGCGUGACGGGAGUGGAACUGCCUCUUUGCUCCCGCAAACCCAGAAGCAGCAGGAAAACAGGAAGGGGUAUCGGGAAAAACGUCUUCACGCAUCUGGAAUACCGGGACUAGGGGAGUUUGGUCGCAUGACCAGGCGGGAGUGAAACUCGCGGAUGGACUCUUCUCUCGCACCACCUUUCUGGUUCUUGCUGCCCGCCUUGCGGUCAUGACUGAUGGCGAGGAGAGAUACUCGCGAGCGAAUCCGGUGGGGCUUGAGGAGGGGGAGGGGGCGCGGGUGCCGAUCCCGGGAGAGGAGGAGGGCGCCGGAGAGCUCCCGUACCCGACCCUGGCUCCCGUGGUCCUGUUCCGUCUGACCCAGACCUCCCGCCCGCGCUGCUGGUGUCUGCUGGCCGUCUGCCAUCCCUGGUUUGAGCGAGUGAGCAUGCUGGUCAUCCUGCUGAACUGUGUGACUCUGGGGAUGUUCCAGCCCUGCGACGACACACACUGCCUCUCCACCCGCUGCACUCUGCUCCAGGCACUGGACGAUGGUAUCUUUAUGUUCUUCGCGGUGGAGAUGGUUGUCAAGAUGCUGGCUCUGGGGGUGAUGGGGCAGAAGGGUUACCUUGGCGACACAUGGAACCGGCUGGACUUCUUCAUCGUCAUGGUGGGGAUGCUGGAGUAUUCUCUUGAUGGACACAACGUCAGCCUAUCAGCUAUCAGGACCGUCCGGGUGCUCCGCCCACUACGAGCCAUCAACAGAGUUCCCAGCAUGCGUAUCCUGGUGACCCUGUUGCUGGACACUCUGCCCAUGCUGGGGAACGUGCUGCUGCUCUGCUUCUUCAUUUUUUUCAUCUUCGGCAUCGUGGGCGUGCAGCUGUGGGCGGGGCUUCUGAGGAACCGCUGUUUCAUGGGGGAGGACAUCCGUGUGAUGUAUAAUCUGUCCUUCCUGAACUCAUACUACCGUCCAGAGGAGUCGGAAGACCUCCCCUUCAUCUGCUCCACCAAUCGGGAGAACGGAAUGCUUCGCUGUACCGACGUUCCUCGCCGCCGUGUGGACGGGGCCUCCUGCUGGCUGCCUGGUGACUCCACCUUCCUUAGGGAGGAAGGGGAGGGUUCUGGGCUGGCAGAGCCAAUAGGAGGCUGUGUAAACUGGUUCCAGUUCUAUAACGUGUGUCGCCCUGGAAACCUGAAUCCUCACAAAGGAGCCAUCAACUUUGACAACAUUGGAUACGCUUGGAUCGCCAUCUUUCAGGUUAUCACUCUGGAGGGCUGGGUGGACAUCAUGUAUUAUGUGAUGGACGCUCACUCCUUCUACAACUUCAUCUACUUCAUCUUUCUGAUCAUCGUAGGCUCCUUCUUCAUGAUCAACCUGUGCCUGGUUGUCAUAGCGACCCAGUUCUCAGAGACGAAGCAGCGAGAGAGUGCGCUGAUGCGUUCGGAGCGCAGCGCUCGGAGGUACCGCUCUGACGCGUCCACGCUGGCCAGCGAGCGGGAGCCAGGGUCCUGCUACGAGGAGACGCUCCGCUACCUGGCUCACCUGCUGCGCCGCACCUUGCGCCACCUGGCCCGCCUGCUCACACUUGUCCCCUGCGGCUGUCAUGGAAACACACUCACCAGUUCAGAGCCUUCCAAAAGGGGUGGGGCCGGAGAGGUGAACGGCCACGCCCACCGGCACUCAGGGCACGCCCCUCCGAUGGAUGUCUUCCACCUUCAUCAUCAUCAUCUGGGUGGGGCCAGCCACACAGGGCGGGGCCUCAACUACCCAGGAAUCUUCCCUUCCAGUGUCUACAGUCACAUGACCAGCAGGGGGCGUGGCCAGAGGCAGGACAACGACAGACUGCCUCAGCUGGUGCUGGAGCAUGGUGUGUGUGUGGGUAACCUGGCGUUGCCAGGGGAGAAGCCAGGACAGCUGUUACCAUGUCCCUACUGCCUCCAUGACAACCAGCAUAGCAACAGCGACAAUGCCGACUCGGAGCCGGGAGACGGAGCUCCUGAACCAAUCAGCAGCCGCGGGUGUGCUGACGGACAGGACUCUGGGCCAGUGGCGGGCCGUGGUGUGUGUGUGUGGGCGGAGCUGCAGGACUCUCUACAGGUUGUGGUCAACAGCAGAUACUUCAACAGAGGCAUCAUGUUCUCCAUCCUCAUCAACACUCUGAGCAUGGGCAUAGAGCACCACCAGCAGCCUGAGGAGCUAACCUUAAUCCUGGAGGUCAGUAACAUGGUGUUCACCAGCGUGUUCUCCCUGGAGAUGCUGCUGAAGCUGCUGGCUCUAGGACCAUGCGGCUACCUCACCAACCCCUACAACACCUUUGACAGUGUGGUGGUCAUCAUCAGUGUGUGUGAGAUCGCUGGCCAGGCAGACGGUGGGCUCUCAGUGCUGCGGACGUUCCGUCUCCUGCGGGUGUUGAAGCUGGUCAGGUUCCUGCCCGCUCUGAGGAGGCAGCUGCUGGUGCUGGUCAGGACCAUGGACAAUGUAGCCACCUUCUGCAUGCUGCUCAUGCUCUUCAUCUUCACCUUCAGCAUCCUGGGGAUGCACCUGUUUGGCUGUAAGUUCGGCCUUCAGCAGGACUCAGGAGACACGCUGCCAGACAGGAAGAACUUCGACUCUCUGCUCUGGGCCAUCGUCACUGUGUUCCAGAUCCUGACUCAGGAGGACUGGAAUGUGGUGUUAUAUAACGGCAUGGCCUCCACCUCUCCCCUGGCUGCUCUCUACUUCGUAGCUCUCAUGACCUUCGGGAACUACGUCCUCUUCAACCUGCUGGUGGCCAUCCUGGUGGAGGGCUUCCAGGCUGAGGGAGAUGCCAGCAGGACUGAAUCAGAUGAAGAUAAACAGUCUCUGAGCUACGAGGAGGAGGAGAAGAUGAGGGAGCUGCAUGAAGCAGAGCUCAAGCUCCAGAUGAUGAUGCUGGCCCCUAAUGGCCUCCUCAACCCCCGCACCUCCAUGCCCCGCCCCCUGACCCCGUCGCCACGGCCUCCGCCACUUAUUAUGCACACUGCUGCCACGCCCACCACCAAUCACAGCCAAUCACGACGUGCCAGCAUCAUCUCUGCAGAGAUGAAUGGUUUAGAGCCAAGAUCUCCGUGGGACAGUCGUCGCUCCAGUUGGUCCAGCCUCCAGAGAAGGAGCCAAUCAGGAGAGAGAGAAUCUCUGCUGUCAGAGGAGGCGUGGUCUGGGUGGUCCAGUUACAGCACGCGAGAGCCAUCUCUCGACCAAUCAGAGUAUCUGCAGGUGCCCAUGCUCCACCCCCCGGACUGCAAUGGGACAGCCCAUCACCUUGCAGAGUGUUACCACGGCGACUUGCCCCAACCAACACGUUACUAUGACGAUCAGGAGGAGGAAGAGGAGGUUGAGGAGAGUGUGUGUACCAAGCUGAAGAUGAAGCUGGAGCCAUACAAGCCUCAGUGGUGCAGAGACCACGAAGACUGCUCCCUCUAUGUGUUCUCUCCUCAGCACAGGUUCCGAGUGUGGUGUCACAGGGUGAUCAGUCACAAGAUGUUUGAUCAUGUCACCCUCCUCUUCAUCUUCCUCAACUGUAUCACAAUCGCUCUGGAGAGACCCCACAUCCAGCCCCACAGCACGGAAAGAGUGUUCCUGAGUGUGUCCAACUGCAUCUUCACUGUGAUCUUCGUAGCAGAGAUGACUGUCAAGGUGGUAGCUCUGGGGUUCUCCCCAGGUGAGGGUGGGUACCUGAGCAGCAGCUGGAAUGUUCUGGAUGGCGUGCUGGUGCUGGUGUCCCUGCUGGACAUCCUGGUUUCCAUAGCAUCCGCCGGGGGCAACCGCAUCCUGGGAAUCCUCAGAGUGCUGCGCCUGCUGCGUACCCUGCGCCCCCUCAGGGUGAUCAGCAGAGCUCCAGGUCUGAAGCUGGUGGUGGAGACUCUCAUCACGUCUCUCAGGCCCAUAGGAAACAUCGUCCUUAUCUGCUGCGCAUUCUUCAUCGUGUUUGGAAUACUGGGGGUGCAGUUGUUUAAAGGGAAGUUCUUCCACUGUGAUGGUGUGGACGUGAGGAACAUCACCAGCAGGACAGACUGUCUGCAUGCAGGGUACCGCUGGGUCAGGCGCAAGUACAACUUUGACAACCUGGGACAGGUACAUACACACACACACUUGGUUUCCCGGUUUUCCCAUUCCAGAAAGAGAGGUAACAAAUUCCUGGAGGAGGUGUUGAAACACUGUAACUAUCUCUUCACUCUGGUGUUUGUCAUCGAGGCCGUGCUAAAACUCAUAGCCUUCGGGCUGCGCCGGUUUUUCAAGGACAGGUGGAACCAGCUGGACCUGGCCAUAGUGCUGCUGUCCAUCAUGGGCAUCACCCUGGAAGAGAUCGAGAUGAGCGCCUCCCUGCCCAUCAACCCCACUAUCAUCAGGAUCAUGAGGGUGCUGAGGAUCGCACGAGUGUUGAAGCUGCUGAAGAUGGCCACAGGCAUGCGCUCUCUGUUGGACACUGUGAUGCAGGCCUUGCCACAGGUGGGGAACCUUGGCCUGUUGUUCAUGUUGCUCUUCUUCAUCUACGCAGCACUGGGAGUAGAGCUCUUUGGAAAACUGGAGUGUUCGGAGCUGAACCCAUGUGAGGGUCUGAGUCGGCAUGCUACGUUUGAGAACAUGGGCAUGGCUUUCCUCACGUUGUUCCGCAUCUCAACCGGAGACAACUGGAACGGAAUCAUGAAGGACACCCUGCGUGAGUGCAGGCCAGAGGAGCGCUCCUGUCUGUCCUACCUGCCCCUGGUGUCUCCUCUGUACUUUGUCACCUUCGUGCUGAUCGCUCAGUUUGUACUGGUGAACGUGGUGGUGGCCGUUCUGAUGAAGCACCUGGAGGAGAGCAACAAGGAGGCGCGGCAGGAGGAGCAGGAGGAGGCGCAGGAGAGGGAGGAGCAGGAGGAGAGGGAGAGGAGGAAGAGGGAGGAGCAGGAGGAGGAGAAGGAGAGAGAGGCCAACCAUUUCCUUAGUAACGCUUCCGUUGAACACGCUGGCCAGGGUGUGGAAAAGGAGGUUUGCCACAGCAACCUCCUGACAGUCCAGCGCCCCUAUCUCUCCCGGAUGCUCUCGUUGCCCAACGACAGUUACAUGCUCCGCCCACUCCGAACGCUAGCACACGCCCCCUUCCCUCCCAUUGGCCAUGAGGUUUACAGGGGGUAUGGCUUUUCAGGCUCCACCUCCUCCAUGGGUUCCAGUGGGGCGGGGUCUUUACUCCAGGUGCCGGGAGCGUUACCUGCCGGAAGCCACGCCUUCUUAAGCUCCUCCAACAGCCACCGACCAACCAUUUGCCUCAGUCCUGCCCACAGCAUAGGCAAACAUGCCCCCUCAAGAGGCAGACACACCUCCCUCAGACUAAGCCCCUCCUCCAGCAUAGAUAGACACAAUUCUUACAUGUUAAGCCCCUCCUCCAGCAUUGACCGGACCUCCCCUUCUAUCCCAGCUCUUUACAGUUGUGUGUCCUAUCAGCUUAGCCCCACCCACAGCAAUGACAGACAUAAGCUAAGCCCCUCCUACAGCGUGGACAGUCGUACUUUCUAUAGGGUAAGCCCUGCCCAUAGCGUGGACAGGUCCUCUCCUCAUAGGCUAAGCCCCGCCCAUAGUGUGGACAAGUCCUCUUCUCAUAGGCUAAGCCCCGCCCAUAGUGUGGACAGGUCCUCUUCUCAUAGGCUAAGCCCCGCCCAUAGUGUGGACAGGUCCUCUCCUCAUAGGCUAAGCCCCGUCCAUAGCGUGGACAGGUCCUCUACUCAUAGGCUAAGCCCCGCCCAUAGCAUGGACAGGUCCUCUACUCAUAGGCUAAGCCCCGUCCAUAGUGUGGACAGGUCCUCUCCUCAUAGGCUAAGCCCCUCCUACAGCGUAGAUAGACACACUCCUCCUGGAGAAGGACAUGCCGUUCACAGACCCAGCUCUUCCCUGAGUGGCAGACAGCUGAAGAGACAGAAAGCUGUGUGUGAGGAUCUGACAUCUGCUGAGGACCUACCAGGGUUAGGGCUACCAGGGUUAGGGCUACCAGGGUUAGGGCUACCAGGGCGCUGCAACGAUGGAGCGCUGCUCACUGUCCCCAAACACACACACUCUAUUUUACACACACUCCGACACACACACUCUCAGCGGGUCAUCUCCCAGAGCCACAGUUGCUGCAGUGAAGGUAGCCAACCACCCCCAUCUGGAACCUCCUCUUCCCUUCCCACUCCCUCCAGCCCCCCCACUCCCUCCAGCCCAACAUACCCCCCAGGAAACCGCCCCAGCCCUCCCACCCCCCCUAGCCCUCCCAUUCCCCCCAGCCCUCCCACUCCCUCCAGCCCAACAUACCCCCCUACCUCACCCCCCAGCCCUCCCACUCCCUCCAGCCCAACACACCCCCCUACCUCAACCCCCAGCCCUCCCACUCCCUCCAGCCCAACACACCCCCCUACCUUACCCCCCAGCCCUCCCACCUGCUCCAGCCCAACAUCCCCCCCUACCUCACCCCCCAGCCCUCCCACUCCCUCCAGCCCAACAUACCCCCCUACCUCACCCCCCAGCCCUCCCACCUGCUCCAGCCCAACACACCCCCCUACCUCACCCCCCAGCCCUCCCACUCCCUCCAGCCCAACACACCCCCCUACCUCAACCCCCAGCCCUCCCACUCCCUCCAGCCCAACACACCCCCCUACCUCACCCCCCAGCCCUCCCACCUGCUCCAGCCCAACAUCCCCCCCUACCUCACCCCCCAGCCCUCCCACUCCCUCCAGCCCAACAUACCCCCCUACCUCACCCCUCGGCCCAAGCCCUGACCAACCAGACUCCAUCCCUCCCAGCACCCCCGCCCCCCCCAGCCCCUGCGCCCCCCUACCGUAUGAAGCAGAUGAAACGGUGUCUAGCAUCAUCUUCACCUCUGCUGACAUCCACCUGACCCCAAGGCCUUCCCCCCACCCUCUUCACACCCAACACUCAUUGGCCGGCUCCCUGGUGUGUCUGCAGCAACGUUCCAUGGAGGAGCAGAAGAUGAGCUGCCUCGGCCAAUUGCUGUCUCCAGUUCCAGACAGGAAGAGAAAGCAGAGCCCGCCCUGCAUCACCGUAGACCCGCCCCCAGAGACCCUCGUUGCCACUGUGACAGGGUUGGCAGACAGUACCAUGCACCUGCGAAGGCGGAACUCAUCCUUUGACCCCUCCUCCUGGAAAGACUCUGUAGACACGCCCCUUUCCCCUCACCACCAACCUGAGACGAGCUCUCUGGACACUGAGUCAAACACCAGCCAAUCAGGAAGCUUUUUACUGCAGAUGGAAGACAGGCCCCCUGAGGAUGAUCUGCUGGGAUUGGCUCCCACUCCCCUGAGGAGGCGGAGCUUGGUGCGCAUGCUAAGCACACGGAAAGGAGAGGAGCCUUAACGCUAGCCCUGCCCACACAAACACUGUUUCCUGUAUGAUAUGCAAUAGACCCCUCCCAACUAUCAUCUCUUUACAACUGUGUGUGUGAAUCACAGCUGAGAUGAUGCUAACCCUAACCACCUUUAACCUUUAAGAUCAUUUAUCUGUCCUAUCAGUGGGUGUUUUUAGGUUUAGUUGAAAUUCAAGGCACACAGACAUGCAAGCAGACAGACAGGUAGAAAGACAGGCAGGCAGCAAAUAUACAGGUUUGGUAUAUAUUCAGGUAGACAGUUGUAUAUGAAUAAUAUUAUAAAUAAUAAACAUCUCCACUUAUCUUCCUAUUCUCCUCUCUUCCUCUUUGCCUCUCCUGUAGUCUCCUCCUCUAUAUUCUUAUCUCCUCCUCUUCUCUCCUCUCUAUUUUCCUCUCUCCUCUCCUCUACUGUUUAGAUGAAGGGCUUCAUGAUAACUGAGUUGAGUACAGAAUGCAUGUGAUAUUUUAAUACAAUAUUUAAAUACGGUGUAUUUACAGAAUAAUGUUACUCAUAUUGUGAUGAUGAUGAGGGUUAUGAUGAUGAAGGUAAUGAAAACGAUGACAGGAAGUAUAGAUGUGUCACUUCCUGUGGCAGGACUGAGAGGAGGACACUAGAUUAAAAGACUUUGUCUCUGAGAAGGUCGCUGUCAAACUGUGUUAAACACACACAUGCACCCACAUAUACUC